AUGUCACUGUCUUCACAAGAUGAAUGCGCUUCCUUAAUGGUGUCCCUUAAGAAGAAUGCCAGGGCAUUCUUCGACAUCGGGGAAAAGUUUUUACAGUAUGAUUCGGGAGCUGAUGACCAUAAUCGCAUUCUGAUAUUUGCUACUGAAGUAGGGUUUGAACAUUUAAGGAGGUACAGAAACUGGGCUGUUGAUGGCACCUUUAAGGUGUCACCAGCAAUUUUCUAUCAACUUUUUACCAUCCAUGUCCAAGUAGAGAAGUGUAGUUUUCCUCGUAUUUAUGCCCUUCUUCCAAACAAAACAGAGGAAACUUAUAAAAUGCUUUACAAAAAAAUUCAAGAAUUGCUGCAACAAAAUCCAUUAACUAAAAUGAGUAACUUUGAAAAAGGAUUAUUUAACGCAAUUAAAUGUACUUUUCCUGACACUGAUGUGAGUGGAUGUUUCUUCCACUUCUGCCAAGCAAAUUACAAGAAAAUUGUUGAUUUGGGGUAUAAAGUUCGAUACCACAAUGAUGAUGAAUUUUGUCUUAAGAUACGUUGUCUCUCUGCUCUUGCAAUUUUACCAGUUGAAGGUGUGUCUACAGGUUUUGAGGAACUUUCGGAGGAUGAGGAUAUCCCUUCAGAAUUUCUCUCGUAUUUUGAGGUAAAUUACAUCGGAGUCAUCAGAGGAAGAGGUGGAAAUCGCAGAAGAGCUAGUCCAUUAUUUUCAAUUUCCCACUGGAAUAUGAACCUAAGAACUCAAUGGUCUAUGCCUCAAACAAACAACAGUCGUGAAGGAUUUCAUAGUGCUCUAUCAAAUAAUGCUCAACAACCUCACCCUAACCUACGGAAGCUCAUAGAUCGUCUCAUGAAGGAGGAAGUUUUGUCCCAUACAAAAGUGCUCCACAUGGAAAGAGGAGAUGAAAGAUCUACUACCACUAAGUAUAAGAACAUAAACAAACGCUUACAGCAGGUAGUCACGUGCUAUAAUCCUGACGAUAAAAUUAUUUUUCUACCUUUCAUUGCCUAUAACUUACAUAUAUUCUGA